AUGGCCGCCGCCGGAGCGAACGGAGACAGUACCGGAAUGAUCGCCACCUUUAAUGACCUAAGCAGUCAUAAAGCGAGUAAUGGCGCCGCAGUAGGAGCCAAUGGUGGAACACAGGGGGGAGACGGAGCAGCAGCUGCAGCGGCGGCGGCAGCAGCAGCAGAUGAUUCGGGAGCAGUGGGAAAUGGGUCGGUAACUGAGAGUUUGGCGGGAAAUGAAGGAACCAAUGAAGCAGUGACACGUGGCUCAGGGGCAAGAAACGGAGGACAAGCAGAGAGUGGGGGAGCAGCAGCAAUUGGAGGAGCCAAUGGAGCAGCAGGGACAGGUGGCGCACCGCGAUUGGCUCUCUCGGCUCGGGACUUCACAUAUGGGCGGCUCCUGGGUCUUGGCUCCUACUCCAAGGUUGUGCUCGCUCGACGCAAGCCAAGCAAAGCUGCUUAUAACGAGGAUGAGGGUUGUCCGCCCGGCUCCGAGUGCGCCCUGAAGAUAAUGGACAAGCGGCACAUAGUGAAGGAGAGGAAGGUGGCAUACAUCAAAAUGGAGCGCCUCAUUCUCGACCGCCUGAGGCACCCAGGAAUCGUGCGCCUUCUCUUCACGUUUCAGGAUGAACACUCCCUCUACAUGGGGCUGGAGUGCUGCCACGGGGGAGAGCUCUUUGACCAAAUUAGAUUGAAGGGCAAGCUAUCGGAGGAAGAAGCUCGGUUUUAUGCAGCCGAGGUGGUGUGUGCUCUCGAGUACAUGCACUCGCAAGGAGUGGUGCACAGAGACCUUAAGCCGGAGAACAUUCUCCUCACAGCAGCGGGCCACGUGCGCAUCUCCGACUUUGGCUGCGCCAAGCUGCUCACCAACGGCCAAUCAGCUGGGGCCACGUCAGCAGUAGCUGCCACUGCUGCUGCUAUCAACAGUGACGAGCGCAGUGGGUCAUUUGUGGGCACAGCGGAGUACGUCCCUCCGGAACUGCUGGACGAUGGGCCCGUGUCGUUCGAGGCUGACCUCUGGGCGCUAGGCUGCAUCAUCUAUCAGAUGCUAGCGGGUGUGCCGCCAUUCAAGGGAGCCAGCGAGUAUCUGUGCUUCCAGAAGAUCCUCUCUCGGGAUCUCACCGUGCCCAACCACUUCAGCAAUGAAGCCCGCAGCCUCGUCAACUGCUUGCUGGUGUGUAUGUUAAUAGGAGAUAGAUUCCAACAAGCGUCUGGGGUCGAGGCACAUGGUCGUGUACCCCCGGCUGAAUGCCCACCCGUUCUUCCACGGAAUCCUCUGAGGGGCUUUGUAAUCAUCCCUCGUCCCUCCCCAUCGUCCUUGUCGCCCCGCCUCCCCCCCUCUUGCGGUUGGCAGGAGAUGGAGCCAAAGAAGCGCCUGGGUUCAAGACACAUGGGGGGUUACCCCCGGCUGAAGGCCCACCCGUUCUUCCGAGGAAUCCCCUGGGGAGGGGAACCAGGCUUCGGCCAGCAAGGAGUGUCCUCUGUCCGUAUCGGAGCAAUCCAAGCCAAGGGAGAAAGCACAGGGGAGGGUUCAAGUGUGCUCUUCUCAUCCCCGGCGCCUGUGUUGGCUGUGCCGGUUCGGAUUGCAGGGAAUGAUGGUUUGAGGGGUCAUGGGUUGAGCGAUGGUGACGGGUUUGGGAGUGGGGUGAAGGUGGGGAAAGAGGGGGGUGAAGGGGAGGGGGGAGAGGACGAGGAUGAGGAGGAUGAGGAGGAGGAUGAGUGGGCUGUGUUGCAUCUAGGGGGAUCGUUUGCUGGAAUGAAGGUGAAAUCAGGUGCACGGGUUGCGUAA